AAUGCUAGUUCCGGCAUUAACUGAGAAGAGAAGAGUCCCUUGGUGAACAAGUAUACAACCGGGAUAUUCAAGCGAAUAAAUGCCACCAAGUAUGACUGAGAGCUCGGCGAAUAAGUUGGUAAAUGGAGAUGUUUGCCACCGGACCGCAAACGGUAAAAAAUCUUCGGGAAGGAACGGUUUCGUGAAGAAUCAUUGUUUGUUCCAACAACCGCAACAGAAGAAGUAUCGGCGCCCGAGUGAGAAGAACAACCAUGUUGUGCGUAGCACCAGCCUGUACAACAGGCCGUUUGUGGAGCAGUUUGAGGAGACUCCUCUGCUUGUGGCGGUUCUCACCUACGUGGGCUACGGCAUCCUCACCAUCUUCGGGUACCUCAGAGACUUCCUCCGCAACUGGGGUGUCGAGAACUGUCACGUGGCCAGAGAGAGGGACGAACAGAAGGACUUUGUUCCGCUGUACCAGGACUUUGAGAACUUCUACACCAGGAAUCUAUACAUGCGUAUCCGUGACAACUGGAACAGGCCUAUCUGCAGUGUCCCUGGAGCCAAGAUGGACCUGGUGGAGAGAACCUCCAAAGACUACAACUGGACGUUCGAACACACAGGCAAGGUGGUGAAAGACGUGAUCAACAUGGGUUCUUAUAACUACCUGGGCUUUGCUGAGAACACUGGGAGGUGUGCUGACAAUGCCACAGGGUCAACACACAAGUACGGUGUGGGAGUGGGCAGCACCCGCUCUGAGAUGGGUAACCUGGACAUCCAUGAGGAGUUGGAGCAGCUGGUUGCUAGGUUCCUGGGGGUGGAGUCAUCCAUGGCGUUUGGGAUGGGCUUCGCUACCAACUCCAUGAACAUUCCUGCUCUCGCUGGGAAGGGCUGUUUGAUUCUGAGUGAUGAGCUGAACCACGCCUCUCUGGCGCUGGGGGCGCGGCUCUCUGGCGCCACCAUCCGCGUCUUCAAACACAACAAUAUGGUGAGUCUAGAGAAGCUGUUGAGAGAUGCCAUUGUUCACGGCCAGCCCAGAACACACAGGCCCUGGAAGAAGAUGCUCAUUCUGGUCGAGGGAAUCUACAGUAUGGAGGGCUCUAUAGUACGUCUGCCUGAGGUGAUAGCCCUGAAGAAGCAUUAUAAGGCCUAUCUGUACCUGGAUGAGGCCCAUAGCAUCGGAGCUCUCGGACCACGAGGUGGAGGGGUGGUGGACUACUUUGGUCUGGACCCCAAAGACGUUGACAUCAUGAUGGGAACAUUCACGAAGAGCUUUGGUGCUGCUGGAGGAUACAUCGGAGGGAAGAGGGAGUUGAUAGACUACCUGCGGUCCCACUCCCACAGUUCAAUCUAUGCCACGGCCAUGUCCCCUCCCGUGUCACAACAGAUCAUCACCUCUAUGAAGAUCAUCAUGGGAGAGGACAACACCACUCUGGGGGCGGAGCGUCUAAAGCAGUUGUCAGAAAAUACCACAUACUUCCGAAGGAAACUCCGAGAGAUGGGAUUCAUCAUCUACGGAAACAAUGACUCUCCUGUCGUACCCAUGAUGCUCUACAUGCCCGCCAAAAUAGGGGCGUUUGGCAGGGAGAUGCUGAAGAGGAACAUUGGGACGGUGGUGGUUGGCUUCCCUGCCACACCCAUCAUAGAGUCCAGGGCCAGGUUCUGUGUGUCUGCCGCACACACCAGGGACAUGCUGGACACGGCAUUGGAGGCCAUCAGUGAGGUUGGGGAUGUGUUGCAGCUGAAGUACUCCAGACAUCAUGAUUUCCCCUCCUCCCUGGGUCCAUGGUCCUCUGCGGAGAGUCUGCUCCUGGAGCCCAGCCACGUCAAGCCUUCUUGUCAUAUAACUAACUGAACCAGCUACACCAGGCAUACUUGCAUCUUUGUUUGUUUUUGCACUUACCUGGUGCACCAGCUCUAAAUCAGUCCCUGACUAAAGAAUGAAAAUGUAAAGUGGAACUUAGGGGAUUUGAGUAUCUCUUGACCUACACUACAGUGGGGUAGGGAUAAAAGAAAGUCACCAAGGUCCCAUCGUGUGUGUUCGUUUCGAAGUGUGUAAGCCCCUAUCGUUGUCUUAAUGUUCGUUUCGAAGUGUGUAAGCCCCUAUCGUUGUCUUAAUGUUCGUUUCGAAGUGUGUAAGCCCCUAUCGUUGUCUUCAUGUUCGUUUCGAAGUGUGUAAGCCCCUAUCGUUGUCUUAAUGUUCGUUUCGAAGUGUGUAAGCCCCUAUCGUUGUCUUAAUGUUUGUUUCGAAGUGUGUAAGCCCCUAUCGUUGUCUUAAUGUUCGUUUCGAAGUGUGUAAGCCCCUAUCGUUGUCUUAAUGUUCGUUUCGAAGUGUGUAAGCCCCUAUCGUUGUCUUAAUGUUCGUUUCGAAGUGUGUAAGCCCCUAUCGUUGUCUUAAUGUUCGUUUCGAAGUGUGUAAGCCCCUAUCGUUGUCUUAAUGUUCGUUUCGAAGUGUGUAAGCCCCUAUCGUUGUCUUAAUGUAUCUUAACUUAUUGUGAAUUCAUUUUUUUUUGUGUUGGACCUAAAUGUUGAAUCUUAUUUCCGUGUUCCAACUGCAUUAUGGGGGCUUCUAGUGCAAUAAUAACAAGAUGGGGAGGAAGAGUAGAACAAGACAUGGAUUUCUAUUGCCAUUAAAAUAUACAAUUUGUUUGGUUGCACCAAUGGAGUUAACGAAUCAGAGAAAUGGAAUCCCUAGAACCGGGAUCUACAUUUUGUUCUAGGGAUUAUAUUUCUAGGAUAACAGCAGAAGUUAUAAUGCAAGAAAGAAGUACAUAAAUAAUAUAUAGCAUUCAUGACUAAUAGGGCAACAUAUAGGCUUCAUAUCAAAAGAGGGACACCGUCAAGUGUAGGUUAUUUUAUAUUAAACUGUCCACUCUGAUCGGUGUGUUAGGCUUUAAUAUUGUCACGGGGGUUCUUUCCCUGACCAAUGUUGAUAUUAUCUGCUGUUUACACAGUAAAUUAACAGGUAAAAUCUCAAUGUCUUGGACCUAUUAUCAGAGCUAAUCCUCUCUCGCUCUCUCUGUGUGUGUAAGCUACAUAUUUCACCAGUUUAGAAGAAUAGGGUAAGAACCCUUUUGAAGAGCUGCCAUGUUGUGAAUAUUUCAUAUAUAUAUAUAUAUAUAUAUAUUACAGCUUUUUUUCUAUCAUUCUUCAGCCUUUAAUAUUUAGUGUUUAUGCCUGCACUCGAAUGACUUAAGCCCAAAUGUCUUAAACAUGUCUAUACGCUCUAGCGUAUUUAACAUGUCUAUCGCUGAAGAGUCUUUAACAUUUCUAUAAGCUUGAUAAGAGCCAUGUUGUGUGAAGUGUUUCUCUUGGGGUUGGUAUCACGGACACCGAUUUUUAGGAUAGUCCUGGACUGAAAAACGAUUUGAAUGGAGAUUCUUGGCUUAAUCUGUGUCCGGGAAACUGACCGUUACCGAAGAACCACGUGGUUUGAGUCUAACUGUAUAUCUUCUAAGUGCUUAUCUUAAUAACCAGCGUUGAUGUCUUCGUAAACUAUGACACGCUGGCCAUAAUAUGACCCACCUGUUUAUCUGUAUGUAUGAAGAUGAUGCAUCCUAGCCAUGCUUCUCUGAUGUACAGAUAUGUCCUUAUUUGGUAAAACUUCCUAUUGAUACCUUCUUCACAGUGCAUUAUAAGUGCAUUUAUAGUGCCUUAUGAGCUAUAUAUAAUGCACGACAUAGACAUACUGGAAGUGUUACGCCUUUAUUUAUUACAAAUGUCAUAUUUUUUUCAAUCUGCUCUAUUUUGUGCAAGAUGUUUCUAAUAUAAUGUCUCUGUGGCAGCUCCAAAUAAAGACACCUAAAGGGUUCUUUGGUUAUUUUUGUAUAAUCCUUUUUUGGUUCCAGGUAGAACCUUUUUUUUUUGGUUCCAGAACCUUUAACCAAAAGGUUCUUUUGAGGGUUCUUUGUUGGGUGAAAUAGUUCUGCCUGGAAGCAAAACAGUUCUACAGGGACAGCAAAAGAAACCUUUUAGGAACACUUUUGAUGGAGUAUGUGUGUCUUAAUGACAGUGCUAGUACUACUGACAGGCAUUGGUAAUAUACAGAUGAUGUAGCCUCGCUGAAAUGACAGGCUUUACGGCUGGCUAACUGACGCUUGGUUUAAACAAAGCAUCUUUUCCCGCCAGCGGUCUUCCACAAUGAUUCUUCUCUAAUAUGGCAUUCCAGAAUUGGCUGAUUUGUGUUUUAAUUUUAGUUUGUUUUGUUUAAAUGUUAUGUUUGACUUUCCAUGGCUCAAUUUAUGGGUCAGUUCAAGUAUAAUAUUGUCUUUAGUCACAUAUCCAGUUUGUAGUGUGUGUGAGUGUACAUAAGUUUUAUUUGUAUUGGAAGUAGAAAUAUGUGGAAGAGAGCUGCGGUUAGCACUGUGAUCAUUCCACUACUACAAACUCCUUAUUAAACUAUGGCUGAGAUUUAAAGUGUCUAUAAUUUGUCCAGACGUAAUAUUUUAAACGUGCUACUUUUCUGUUGUGUUUAGUUAAAUCUGGGUGGGCCCAUGUAGUCUGUCUUCAUUCCAAAUGGCACCAUAUUCCCUAUAGUGCACUACUCUUGACCAGAGUCCUUGUCAAAAUGGUGCACUAUAUAGGGAAUAGGGUGCUAUUUGGGAUCACCCUCUGUAUCCUGUUCCCAUCUCCUUUCUAUUGAGGCAUGAUGUGAUUGCUGACAUCCAGUAACAUGACCAUUUACCUCAGGAAGGCUGUUUAGAUUUCAAUAAUACUAUAAACAUAUGUGAUUAAUCAUUAUCUAACUCAAAGUAAAUGUUUUUUAAAUUAAAAGAUUUAAAAGCCCUUUGAUGUAACAUUACAUCGUUUAACUUGCAAUGGAAAGAGAGCUGUGAUCUGACCUACUCUGUAAAUGCAUAUACACCUGUAUGUUAUCAGUAGUCUUUUACUCUUGGCAAGUUCAAUGGUUUGUGUUGACUGCUGUUGGAAACAGUGCUGAGAUUAAAUCCAUUUUUGUUUGUUUCAA